AUGUCAAAAAACACCACAGAGAACUCAACAAACGCUCAUGCAGCUGUUCUAGGCCUGUUCCUGGGAAGCAUUUCACUGAUCACUAUUGUCAUGAACAUAUUAGUACUAUGUGCUGUGAAAACUGAAAAGAAGCUGCAAACAGUUGGCAAUCUAUACAUUGUCAGCCUCUCUGUUGCAGAUCUUAUAGUUGGUGCAGCUGUUAUGCCCCUGAAUAUUGUGUAUCUCCUAAGUCCUGUGUGGCCUCUGGGCUUGCCAGCCUGUUUGUUCUGGCUCUCCAUGGACUAUGUGGCCAGCACUGCCUCCAUUUUCAACCUCUUCAUCCUGUGCGUUGACCGUUACCGCUCAGUGCAGCGACCGCUGAAAUACCUCAAGUAUCGGACAAAAACGAGAGCCUCACUCAUGAUUUUGGGGGUUUGGCUGCUCUCUUUCACGUGGGUCAUUCCAAUCCUAGGAUGGCACGUUUUUGCUAAUAAGGGGGAAAGGAAAGUAAAGGAAAACAAGUGUGAAACUGAAUUCUCCGAUGUCACCUGGUUUAAAGUGCUGACAGCCAUUGUCAAUUUCUACCUACCCUCUAUCAUGAUGUUGUGGUUUUACUGUAAAAUAUUCAGAGCUGUUCGAAGACACUGUCAACAUCGGGAGCUCAUCAAUGGAUCAUAUCGGUCUUUCUCAAAAAAAACCUCCACGCAUCAUACUAAGAUGAAGAAUGAGAAAAAUACUUGCCUCCCAAAGCAAAUCUUGGAUGAGAACACCCCUCCCAGAGAUAAGCAAAGCUCCCCACAGCCCAAAAACAUGGAGGCAGAGCUUCAUUUCAGUAAUCCUGACAGGUCUUCAAAGGCAUUUAAUGGAAAGAGUAAUGGGAAAGUCUUUAAAUGGAGCUGUUUUCCUCUCAGCAGUGCCCAGUCUGAGCCAGGCCUGGACAAAGCAGGAAAGAAGUGCAUGUGUGCAACACACAAGAAUGGAAAUGACGAGGAGUCUUGCUCACAAGACAGUGACUUGAGUGAUGCGUCAGACAACCACACUUUCACUGAGGGGGAGCUGUGUAGAAAGCACUCCAAUUCCAACCCUGAAAGAGCCUGCAGCCCUCAGGAAAAGACUGAGAACAGGGAUUUCAGAGGGAUGACUUACCUGAGGAAAACCUGGCAAAAUCUGCAUACCCAUUCCAAAAGGAACAUUCAGGGACUGCAUGGGAGAAGGGAGAAGAAAGCAGCAAAGCAGUUAGGGGUCAUAAUGGCAGCCUUCAUCCUGUGCUGGAUCCCCUAUUUUGUCUUAUUUAUGGUAAUAGCAUUCCAUGACCAUGACGAAUUUCCAAAAUUACACAUGGCCACUAUAUGGCUUGGCUAUUUGAACUCCACCUUAAAUCCAUUCCUGUAUCCUCUUUGUAACCACAAUUUCAAGAUGACAUUCAAAAAGAUCCUUCACAUUCACUGA